CUGGCACACACCUCGUGCACUUCAACUUGUCCCCAGCAGGCUUCGAGGACAGGCUUGCUUUUCUGGCUCGUGUCUUUCCAGCCAUUGCGCAUCUCAUCCUCUUUUUGUGUCAUUGGCAGUGCUACGGCUCCUCAAUUCUUCGCCGUGUCCAGGUGCCCUUGGCCGCCAGCGCCCUGUCACCACCAGCCAGUGCUCAGCUCGUCCAACUUGCUGUCUUUUCCCUACAGCUCUCAUCCGGUGCGGUUUCCUCUUCCCCCCAGAACGACAGGUGCUCUGGCUCUUAUUACCAGCCUGCGAGGGGAAACCCAGCUAUAUCCAGUUUGGCUCCGAGCUUGACCCUUUGUGCAAGCUCCCGCGUCGUCUGUGCCCAGCAGAUCUGCGUUGGCCUUUGUCACACAUGAUUGCAACACCAACCGCCAGAGACGACCAGCCAUGAGGGGCUUCCGAAGAUACCGUGCUUUUGUGCUCUUUGCCGCGAUAACCCUCUUCGUCUUGUACCGCUUCUCCUUCAGUAGCGAAGAUGCGUGGGAGUCAUUCAGCAAUACCGGGUCACCUGCCCUGAACAAGAUACCGCCGAAGGCUCCAGGCCCCAAUUAUGGCACUUCCGACCACAGCCACCCUACCGUCGACAAGACCGACGACAGGCCUGCCGCUAAAGAGCAAAUACCACCAAAGCCGAAACUCGAAGAUGACCCUCGAAAGCCUGCGAUCCCCGAUCUGCCUGGCGUCGCCCACGAUGGUAGCGAUGCGGAUACGUACAAUCCCCAUUCCGCCGUUACACCGGGCAAGUCUAGCAGCGACUUGGCAAGCAGCGAUGCGGGCGAUGACGAUGACCACACAUCGCUCAUCAAACAAAAGCCGGCUAGUGGGGGAAAGCCCGACAAAGCCAAAGGCAACACGGCCCACGACGACACCUUGAACAUCCCUGAUAGAAUUAUUGACCAGACCAGGCCCGGCUCUGGCUCUGACUCUGACUAUGAUUCUGCUGGUGAUCUUCUGUCUGCCGGCGUUGGGCCUGCGAGCACGUCCUCGGGGACCCAUUGGCAGAAGCCCACAGAGCAUUUCCCAAUUCCUACCGAGUCGAUCAUUCCGCUGCCAACAGGGAAGCCGGUCGACAUCCCUACCAUCCAGCAUGCAUUUGGCAAGGAGACCGCCGAGGCCCAGAAACUGCGGGAGACAAGGCUCGCCAAGGUCAAGGCGGAGGCUGUGCGGGCGUGGAAAGGCUAUCGCAAGUACGCCUUUGGCCAUGACGAGCUCUCACCUGUUACCAAGAGAUUUCGGGAUCCAUUCUGCGGCUGGGCUGCGACCUUGGUCGAUAGUCUCGACACCCUAUGGAUUAUGGGCCUAAAGGAGGAAUUCGAGGAGGCACUGGAGGCCGUUGCCAAGAUCGAUUUUACAGUCACCCCCAAGACCGAGACCCCUGUCUUUGAGACCACUAUUCGAUACCUUGGUGGCUUGCUUGCUGCUUACGAUGUCAGCGGCGGGAAGACUGUGAGCAGCCACAAGAUCCUGCUUGACAAAGCCGUCGAACUGGCAGAGAUUCUAAUGGGAGUAUUCGACACUCCGAACCGCAUGCCCAUCUUAUUUUAUAACUGGAGACCUGCCGCAAUGGAGAAGGCGAAGCGCGCGUCUUCGUCGUCGAACCUUGCCGAGUUAGGCUCGCUGUCCAUGGAGUUCACUCGGCUGGCCCAGCUGACGAAAGAAGACAAGUACUAUGACGCCAUCGACCGUAUCACUAACGCCUUCGAGGAGUGGCAGAAUCGCGGGACUUCACUGCCUGGCAUUUUCCCUGAUCGCGUGGAUGCUGCUGGCUGCAAUCGGACGGCAGAGGCGGAGCGGGCAACUGAGCGCCAGAACGAGGCCGCUGCCCGUGCCCAGCAGUCGACUCCCAAGUCCAGCACCUAUCUGGACAAGUCAGAUGACAGAGCACAUGCCAAGGGCUUCUCAGUUGAUGAAGACGAGCUAGCAGUGAGCAACCACAAUCAUCAGGACCCUGUGCCUGGCAAGUCGCCCGUUGGCGGCUCGCGGAACAAUGCGGAGGGCAGCAGUGGCUCGGGCCUCCAACGUAGAUCGAACUAUGCUGCCGAGCAUUGGGACCCGACUGGUCUGAGUUCGACAUCAGAGCCCGAAUGUAUUCCUCAAGGGUUGGCCCCUGGUGGUUAUUCUGAGGCGUACGGCAUGGGCGGUGGCCAAGAUAGCACAUACGAGUACUUCCCCAAGCAGUACCUGCUUCUUGGUGGAUUGGAACCGAAGUACAAAGCCAUGCACCAGAAGGUCGCCGCGGCAGUCAAAAAGUGGCUGCUCUAUAGGCCUAUGGUCCCAGACAACCGCGACCUUCUGUUUUCUGCCAAGCUCACGACUAGAGGCAACCCCCUGGAGGAUGCUAAUACCGAGUAUGAGGUCACUCAUUUGACGUGCUUCUUGGGCGGCAUGUUUGGCAUGGCGGGCAAGAUCUUUGAUGAGCCAGACGACGUGGAGAUCGGCAAGCGGCUCGCGGAUGGAUGCGUCUGGGCUUACGAAAGCAUGCCGAGCGGAAUCAUGCCAGAAGGCGCUUAUGUCGUGCCUUGCGCCAACGUGAAGAAAUGCGAAUUCAAUGAAACUCUCUGGUGGGAACAUCUCGACCCGCUCGCAGCGAUGCGCGAUGCCCAACUCGCCGACUACUACAAACGUGUGGAGGAGUUGAAGGCAUUAAGACUCAAGCAAGGGCACGCCGAGGAGGACGAGGAACCUACGGGCCACAAACUCCACGUCGGCCACUCUUCUUCAGCGUCCUCCCAUUCGGAUGAUGAUGAUGAUGAUGAGAGUGAAGAAGGUCUAUCGGGCUCAGCAAGUCUAGACAUGACGCAACGAGUGCACGCAAACAAGCUGGAAGCCAAUUCGGACUCGGCCGAUUCCGAUGACUCGAACCUUGUUAAGCGGUCGCCUAUGCCACCCCCGGAGUCCCGGACAAACGCAGAAUGGGCGUCCUCAGUGUCUGCCAACCACGCAGCAAAGGGCAUGCUUGCAGAUGACGAUGAGGAGAUCCCGUUGGAUAUGACCCUGCCAGCCCGUCCACAGUCACACAAGGAGUUUGUUCAGUCCCGUAUCCAGAGAGAAAAGCUGCCACCAGGAUUCACCGAUGUCCGAUUCGCAAGCUAUAUCCUUAGACCGGAAGCCAUCGAGUCAGUAUGGUAUAUGUACCGCAUCACCGGCGAUACGACGUGGCAGGACAAAGGUUGGAAGAUGUUUGAAGCCAUCAUUCGUCACACUCAGACCGAAGCUGGACACAGCGCGAUUCACGAUGUCAUGCGGUCGAAUCCGGACAAAAAGGACGAGAUGGAGUCCUUCUGGCUUGCGGAGACGCUCAAGUACUUCUUCCUCCUGUACUCUACGCCCGAUGUGAUCAGCCUGGACGAGUGGGUCCUCAAUACGGAAGCUCAUCCGUUCCGGAGGCCAUCGUAGGGUGGCUGCUACGAUGGUGCUCUUGAUUUUGAGCAGCCAGCUCAGUAACUCAUCUGGGUUGUUUUAAACACAGCAUAGCUGCUCUUGGAGGAGAUCCAGCAGUAUCUCAUUCUGGGCGUUCGGCGCAUGAUUUUUACUAUUGGCGCAAAGCCAGAGACAAAAUGAGUUAUAUAUUAGUUUAGGUACUCUGUUGUUGUGUGAUUCUGAUGUGUUCCGCGCGAUCAUGUUGGUCUUGGGGACUCUUUUUGAAACGAGUCCAGCCCGAAAGCCUUAAUCACCAAAUUCCAAAGCGUUUCUCUCUA